AUGCGUAAGCGCCAACGCACGGACCUCAAUCUCGCAAAUCCCGUCAUUGCGGAUCCUCAACAGCAACCACCGCCACCUGCUAAUCAACAACCUCACCAACAUCUUCCACAACCAGUACAACAACCAGGCGUACCAGAAGACGGUUUCAUUCAUGAUCAAGACGCUGCUGAGAGUGGUGGAGACGACGAUGAUGAGGAGGAGAAACCCAAGUCGGACAAGAAGGCAGGAAGGCGAAAGAUUAAGAUCGAAUUUAUUCAAGAUAAAUCGAGACGUCACAUAACAUUCUCCAAAAGGAAAGCUGGCAUCAUGAAAAAGGCAUACGAGCUCUCUACACUCACAGGCACUCAAGUCCUUUUACUCGUUGUAUCAGAAACAGGUCUCGUUUACACCUUUACAACCUCAAAGCUUCAACCUCUCGUCACUCAACCAGAGGGCAAGAAUCUCAUUCAAGCAUGUCUCAAUGCCCCA